AUGCUAAUUGAUGCAUUGGUCUUAUCGUYCAUUACUUCACCGACUCCAGCAGUGAAGAUUGACAUGAACCAAUGGMCAUACUUWAGAGGCAUAGAUUUGGCGGACAACCAGUUUAGUACGCCUGGAAUUAUCGAUGUUCUUAUUGGCGCGGACGUGUGGGGGCGUCUCAUAGAAGGUGGAGUCGUCGGUGGAAGACCAGACGAACCCUUUGCCCAGCGUACCCGCUUCGGAUGGGUGGUGUUUGGUCCUGCAGCAGUGACCGAUCCUGCAAAGGAAUCAUUGCUCACACUCACCACUUCGCUAGACAGGGAGGACCACCGGUUGGAGGAACUGGUAUCAAAGUUUGGGCAAAUGGAGGAAAUAGCGGUGGUUGACGAUCUGCCAGAGAACGAAUGUGAGCAGAUUUUCGAUACCACUCAUAGCCGUAGCCCAGACGGCCGUUAUAUGGUACAUUUACCCUUACGGCGAAAGGCAACGAAACUGGGUGACUCGUACACACUAGCAUUACAGCAAUUUCAUAUACUAGAGCGUCGUGUGGGAGUAUGCAAGACUUGGUCACAUGUACAACCUCCUUACGAUCACACCAAUUGUUACUACAUUCCUCAUCAUGCGGUCACGGCAAAGUUCGGCGUCGUGUUCAACGCUUCGGCACCUACUAGCACUGGAAUCUCACUGAACGAUGUUCMACUGGUAGGUCCAACACUUCAGGAUUCGUUGAGUAGUAUACUUUUACGUUUUCAUCGCUAUCGAGUGGCGGUAACUGGGGAUAUAGAGAAGAUGAUCAGGCAAGUGCUGAUUGCACCUGAACAUCGCGACUAUCAACGAAUUAUAUGGCGUGAGCAGACGAUACCCGAGUAUAUCGACAUGAAGACCAUUACAUAUGGUAUGCAGUCCAUACAAUACAGUACGAACCUUACAACAAUGUGCUUAUGA